UUUCCUGUAAUGGCGUGUGCACGGCUAUGCAACGUUUACCAUAUGCACGUUUACUUAUUUUGAUAUAGACCAAGGAAGCUAUAUAUAACAGUAUAUAUACAGCUUUUUGAUAGAAGCGACUGUUAACGUGUGCCUGUUGUGGCCAACUAAUUAAGAGUAGGCCCUAACAUUCAUUCUGCAAAGAGGAAUCAAGAGCCAUGCGUCUUGAGAAGUGCUACUAUUGCUCGUCCACUGUUUACCCUGGUCAUGGCACAACCUUUGUAAGGAACGACUGCAAAGUUUUUAGGUUUUGUCGGUCAAAGUGCACGAGGAACUUUAAACGAAAGAGAAAUCCCCGCAAGUCAAAGUGGACAAAAGCAUUUCGUAAAUCUGCUGGCAAGGAGUUAGCAGUUGACCCUGCUUUUGAGUUUGAAAAAAGACGAUUUGUCCCAAUCAAGUAUGACAGAGACCUUUGGCAGAAGACAAUUGAAGCUAUGAAGCGAGUGGAAGAAAUCAAGACGAAAAGACAAAACCAAUUCGUACUAAACAGGUUGAAAAAGGGUAAAGAAUUGAGAAAGGAGGCUGACAUCAAGGAGGUGCAAAGGAACAUCAGUUUAAUAAAGUCCCCUGCAGCAACAACAGCCAGACUGGAACAGAGGGUGGUACAAGUCACACACGAAGACUCGGAGGAGGAUGCAGAAAUGGAGGAAGCGUGAAGCACUGUUGUUGGCCCCAUGCAGCGACAGAUGCACGGAUUUAGAGAAUAUCAUCAGUAAAUUGGCAUCGAUUUUAAAGUCUUUUAGGGAGAUCUUCUCAAGAGUGGAAUUGCACAGCAUCUGCAUUUUCUCAAGAGUAGAUGAGCACGCAACUUUGAAUAACAUUGUGACGGACCUAUUGUCGUUGCCUGUUGCAACCUGAUGUACCUUUGGUAAAAAUGCCUGUUAGCAUUUAACAAGGUUACAGUGUUAUAUGCCAUACCUGUACAAUGUUGACCUUGUAGCUAUUCGUGACACCUUGUAUGACAACCCGUGAAAUAGAAUUUUUCCGAAUUUGAAAUCGUGGAUGGAGUUGUCAUAUAGUAUUGAAGCAGAAACAAGUGCUGAGCAACAGUAUACUCUGUGUCAUUGGGAGAAUGUGCAUACGUUUUGUGCAAGUCGAAUAUAAAUUUACAAAGAGUAAAAAUCUUGUCGUUUAGUUUGUAUGUCA